AGUACGCGCUGAAUGCUGGGAUUCUGCGGGAACGGAGAGAUUGCAGUACGCCAUCUUUAAACCCCACAAGAGGCCAGCUACAGUUUGUACACCGGGAUGAAAAACACUGUCCCUUCCGCGGGAUUUAAGUUCAGAUCGCGGGGCUGGCAUGAUUGUUCUCCGGUGAAAUAACCUUUGAGGACCUGUCCGAUGGGACUGUGAGGAGACGGUCACGGGACACCGCGCAGAGCCUUAAACUGUCGUAAUCGUAGGCAGACAACAACAAUAGACGGAAAGACAACAACAACGGACUAGCUCGCUAACUCGCUAGCUAGCAUCUUUGCCAAAGCGCUGCGCUGUUUUCAAAUGCUAACCGAAGCUAGCUAACGUUAGCUGCUAACUACAUCAGCAAAUCUGUCCGGUUGCGCUGGAAUUUGACCGGACGCUGACUUCAGCUGGUACUCGGUGCCCAGCUACAUCUACCGGGGCAGUCCGUCAUCUCUUUGCUACUCUUUCGUCCAUUUUGUACUGAAUUCGUGUUGUGGCUUUAGCUAGCUAAAGGCUAAGUCCCGACUUCUCCCCCUCCCCAGCGGCCCAGCCGGAGAUGCGUGGAAGAUGUCGGUGUCGGGGCUGAAGGCCGAACUGAAGUUUUUGGAGUCCAUUUUUGAUCCAAACCACGAACGCUUCAGGAUCAUUGACUGGAAGCCUGACGAGCUGAGCUGCCAGUUUAAUGUGACUGGAGAAAAGCUGUUAAUAAUCCACUGUAACAUAACGGAAUCUUAUCCAUCUACGCCGCCAAUAUGGUUUGUGGACUCUGACGACCCGAGCUUGGCGCAAGUUUUGGAGAGGUUGGAAGAUGUGAGAAAAGGCAGCACCCUGCUUUUGCAGCAGCUGAAGAAACUCAUUUGUGAUCUUUGUCGGCUGUAUAACCUUCCCCAACAUCCAGAUGUGGAGAUGCUGGACCAGCCCCUCCCUGCAGGUCCUGUGGGACAAGACCGAAAGCAUGGGACAGAGGAGGUCACAUCUGAAGAAGAGGAGGAAGAAGAGAUGGGAGAGGACAUAGAGGAUCUGGACCACUAUGAAAUGAAAGAGGAGGAGCCUGUGGACGGGAAGAAAUCAGAGGAUGAUGGUAUUGAGAAGGAAAAUCUGGCCAUCCUAGAGAAGAUCCGAAAGAACCAGAGGCAGGACCACUUAAAUGGAGCUGUGUCUGGUUCAGUGCAAGCCUCUGACCGUCUGAUGAAGGAGCUUAGAGAGAUCUAUAGGUCUCAGAGUUACAAGACAGGCAUCUACUCAGUCGAGCUUGUCAACGACAGCCUGUAUGAAUGGCACGUCAAACUAAGGACGGUGGAUCCAGAUAGCCCCUUGCACAGUGAUUUACAAGUCCUAAAGGAAAAGGAAGGAAUGGAUUACAUUUUACUAAACUUCUCAUAUAAAGAUAAUUUCCCUUUUGAUCCACCAUUUGUUCGGGUGGUUUCGCCUGUGCUUUCUGGAGGUUAUGUUCUUGGAGGAGGUGCCCUGUGCAUGGAACUUCUUACCAAACAGGGCUGGAGCAGUGCCUAUUCCAUUGAGUCUGUCAUCAUGCAGAUCAAUGCCACUUUAGUCAAAGGAAAAGCCAGAGUGCAGUUUGGAGCCAAUAAAAACCAGUACAAUCUCGCCAGAGCACAGCAGUCCUACAAAUCCCUGGUUCAGAUCCAUGAAAAGAACGGCUGGUACACACCCCCAAAGGAGGAUGGCUAAAACAGACUCUUGCCUUUCCUGCACUGGGACCACAUGUCUUCGAUUUCUAUUUCUUUCUUUUUAUUCCCCUUGCGACCAAUAUUUUUAUUUUAUUUUUUUGUCCUGCAAACCAUUCUGUUCUCUACAUGAGAGUUUGAACUCCAAACCAAAUUCCUCAUUCAGCGACCACCCUGAUACUAGCACACAACACAGACACACACGCCCCUACCUGAAACCUACAUCCAAGCUCAUCGGCUACUCGCAAGGGUGUCUUCUCCUCAGAUAUUUAUCUCUCUGUACAUCUGUUGUCUUUAACAAGCUCAAUAUUUUUUUUUUUUUCAUCGCGACAUUCAUCCCGUACUCCAGGAAAACGGUGGACUAAAUAUGGCGUAAAGUCACCCUUUGGUUUCGGCGUUGAGCAUGCCAAGGUUACUUGCUGGCUGUAAGUUGAAAGGUGUGGUAUGGCUUUUAUCCGGCUGUCUGACACUCCGGGCACCGGACACUGCCUCUCUGGCCACAGACUGGAUCUGAGAAUGGCAUGCGACAUGCCCUGAUGUGAUGCAGUGGUGGCUGGGAAGGACAUUUAAAUUGCUGGUGGUGGGAAGACCUGAUGCCUCUUCUCUCCAUGGACGGCCUCUGUAAUAUUGUGCUCAUGUAUUAUCUUUGUAAUGCCAAGAUCCCUCCUCUGGAGUAACAUGCUUCUGAGGCUCGCUUGCUUUCAAACCUCUUUAUCUUUUAAAGCUUGAAGCCCUGAGGUGGGGGAGGAAGAUAAAGAGACUUUUGCAGCCUGGGGUGGGACAGCCCAUAAUGAAGAACAGCAUCCCGCUGAUGCUUCAAAGUUUGGAGACCACUGUCAUCAUCAUCGCAACCAGCAACUGGACAACUCCCUGCAGGAGAGGUUUGGUGUGUGGCUAGGCUGGCAACACAAGAAACAUGACCAGGCAAAGCAGGGGCGUGUUUGGAUUUGAUCACACUGUAAUGUAGUUGAUUUUAACUCCACGUGUAAACAUGUAAAUUUGUAUUUCUGCAAAAGGAUUUAAUUGUUUAUAAUGUAACCUUGUCUGGGUCUUCGGCUGGGCAGAGACUGUAUUACUAUAUACCCUUGACUAUUAACAGCAGGGGCACUGCAAGACCCAUUUAGAAUAAGAAAAAGUUGCUUCAUGGAUACUCUUGCAGAAGGAAACAAAAGUACGCCAUGUUCUUAUGUAAGCUUAAUGACUACUGCGGUUUUGUUGUUUGUUUUUAUAUUGAUUUGUAAUCCUCAUGUUAUUGGCGACAUUGACCGUACCAUUCCCCUUUAUUUGAUGGCACCUCUUAACUUCAGUGGCCGUAACAAUAAUGGCACAGACACAGCUGUUUUCUGGCAUUCCAGAGGUUUGGCUUUUCAUAUCUAAUCACUCAAACCGGAUGAACCUCAGUAAGGCUAUGCAGUGAAGACACAGUCUCGUGGAGUUUUGUUGUACUGAAGAAAAAUUAGUCUUAACAGCUUAACCGUGUAGUCACCUGCUUAGUUCUUGUAGCUGGUUCACAUCCUGAGCACUUUGCCAAUCCUGCAGUCCUAACAGUCUGAGGAAGAAGAGAAAAAAAAAAGUGACCUUUACCUUCGGACUUUUCCUUGACCUCAUGGCUGGGUGUAAAACUGCAGCCGGAGUUUUCAAAAUUCACAGCAAUAGUCUCGACGAUAUACCUUCUGGCUUCACACCUGGGAAGAUUGACUGGAGUCUGUUCCGUUUCCAGAAUUUCUGUGUAGGUUUGAUAAAUAUUUGCUCCCAUUUGCCACAAGGAAAGGACCCAGCUCUUCCCAUUACCACCUCUCUGGUUACUAUUCAUAACCACUCUCAGCACUGCUGUACCCCUCAGCGUGCCGGGUCUUUGAUGUAAUGUGAAUAAUAUGCAGAAAACUGUGUGGAGCAUUCCAAUUAAUGCAGUUACACGUUUGUUGUGGGUGUUCUAUUGUGUGGUUACUUGCAUUGUUUUAAGUAUAUUGUCCUGAAAAACCAGCAUAGAAAGCUUAGUUAUGCUAAUUCAUACAGUCAUUCCUCAUGUUUUUUGAGUUUUAGAUUUUUUUUCUCAGUGAUAUUAACCUCAGUCACACCGGUAUCUUCAAAAACGGGCAGAGAUGGGUAUAAAGUUACACUUGUUCACAUUCAGCACGCGUCUGGCAUUUGUUAAGACUCGCAGGAUGUGUACACCAAGUGUCAUCCUCCUUUUCUCGUUUCACCACAAGCAAAAUCUCAUCGUGGCUAUGAGUCAUCAGCAUGGUUGUAAGUUUGUGCCGCCAUCGCUAACGUACUAAUCACUUCAUUCUGGUCACAUCGCCCACCCCUGCAUUCUCUGGAGAAGCAAACUCAGGAAUACAUACCGCACACUCGAAUUUGCAAAGGAUUGCUUCAGAAUAUCGUCACGAAAAACCCAACGUUGAAUGUGUCAGUGUAAUUUUUUUGGGGGCCAUUUAAAGAUGAUGUUUUACCAGUUUAGGCAUCUCAGCGUGUUUUGCCGUUGACUUGCGCACACAAUUUCGGAAUGCCAUUGAGGUUGAUUGAAUAAUUAAUAGUUUUUUUGGAAUGACCGGAUCCAUGGGAUUCGCUCCCAGCCUCACAUUAUCCUGCGCUUGAUGAGGGGUUCAGAAACAUGUCUACCCUGUCUCUUUGAUAUUGCUGUAUUCUGCAUGUCAAUAUAUCAAUGGGUGUUUUUUUUUCUUCCCCCAAGCUACUGACAGCAAAGAGUGGUUGGGAAGGGUGGUUUAAAAAAAAAAAAAAGAAGAUUAGAUGUAUCCAUUUUUUCAUCAAUUGUUUACUUAACUUCCUACAUCAGUGCACAGGAUAAUUUCUCCCUGUGUGCUGCUUAUUGAACCAGGUCAGAUAAUGUAUGACACACGUGGACUUGCAAGACAUCCUACCUGCUUGGAUUACCUUUUUAAAGAUGCCAGGACUCCCAACAAAAGUAGCAGUUCAGAGUGGUGUGCCAUCGGAACAAUUGUAAGCUCACAACUUGAACCUGACCCUUUUGGAGUAAUGGUGUACCCAAGUCUGUUGUGCACUGAAUAACAGCUUCUCUUACACCAAACUUGCAUUGUCUGACUAACAAAAAAAAAACCUUCUCUGCUUUGGUGAGCGAAAUUUUUGGGUCUGAGGUCUGAAUUAGCCUGAUUCUGGGUUCUUUACCUUGCUUCAUUAACUGCAGUGGCCGGGUUAUAAAGUUAUGCACUGUUAGCAUGCUUUGGUUUGGUUUCAUUUUUUUCCAUUGCAAGGGUGAUUUUGACCAUGUAAAAUAAUUUGUAAACUUGCAUCAAGUUUAUGAAUAAAGAAUUUUAUGAAAUAC